UGGCAACCCAGUUUCUCUCACACUGCGGAACUCAACACGGGUGGAUUAGUUAAAUGGAUUAGGAACUUUGGUAGAAAAUAAAACGUUUCACAAAUGUUAGUUAAUUAUUAAGUUCACACGUUACGACGUACUAAGAAAUUUUACAUAGCUAUUAAGCUGAAGAAGAGUGUAAGGAACGGAGUAUUUAGUCAUUUAGGUGUAGGUUUAAUAAGCUUUGACCACCUGCAGUUAGACCACCUAGCAUAAAGUUAAAUUCAAAUGUCGGUCUUUAGAUAGGAAACGUUAGCUAUCAUAACAAGUCAUGACGGAAAGAAGAGAGCAUGUACAGCUAAGGAACAACCCUCGCAGGCAGCUGAAGAAGCUUAGUGAGGACAGUUUGACCAAGCAGCCUGAAGAAGUGUUUGAUAUAUUGGAGAAGCUCGGAGAGGGGUCUUAUGGCAGCGUAUUCAAGGCACAUUAUAAAGAGACUGGGGAGAUUGUGGCGAUUAAACAGGUUCCUGUGGAGUCGGACCUACAAGAAAUCAUUAAAGAGAUCUCCAUUAUGCAGCAGUGCAACAGUCCCCAUGUUGUGAGAUACUAUGGCAGUUACUUUAAAAACAGCGAUCUCUGGAUUGUCAUGGAGUACUGUGGGGCUGGCUCUGUGUCUGACAUCAUCAGACUACGCAACAAAACAUUAACAGAAGAUGAAAUAGCUGCCAUUGUGCAGUCCACUCUUAAGGGACUAGAAUACCUGCACUUCAUGAGGAAGAUCCACAGAGACAUCAAGGCCGGAAACAUCCUGCUGAACUCUGAGGGACAGGCCAAACUUGCCGAUUUUGGGGUUGCGGGACAGCUUACUGACACAAUGGCAAAACGCAACACCGUGAUUGGAACGCCAUUUUGGAUGGCUCCAGAAGUCAUUCAGGAAAUUGGCUAUAACUGUGUAGCAGAUAUCUGGUCUCUGGGCAUCACUGCUAUAGAGAUGGCCGAAGGGAAGCCACCAUAUGCAGACAUACACCCUAUGAGGGCAAUAUUCAUGAUCCCAACAAAUCCCCCACCAACAUUUCGGAACCCUGACCAAUGGUCAGAAACGUUUAAGGAUUUUGUGUCGCAAUGCCUGAUAAAGAAUCCUGAGAACAGAGCGACAGCCACACAACUAUUACAGCAUGCAUUUAUAAAGAGUGCCAAGUCCAACAGCAUCUUGAGGGCACUAAUCACAGAGGCCAUGGAGAUCAAACUUAAGAAGCAGGAAACUCAGCAGAGAGAGCAGGAUGCAGAGGAUGAAGAAAACUCGGAUGAAGAUGAAGUUGAUCAGGGUACAAUGGUGAGGGCCAGCACAUCAGAUCUGGGAACUGUCCGUGCAGCCGGGUCACUCAGAAGUUCACUGGGAACCAUGAUUGAACACAAUGAUAGCACCUUGGAUUCUCAGCUUGGUACCAUGGUCAUAAACUCGGAGGAUGAGCAGGAGGACGCAGGCACCAUGAAACAUCAUCAAGAAACAAUGCAGCCAGCUAAGCCAUCAUUCCUACAGUAUUUUGAACAGAAAGAGAAGGAGGACAACAAAAAUAGUGACAACGACAGUCACAAACUGCCUCCAGAAGGGGACAUGGAAGUGAUACGUUCCUUAAGUGUAGAGGAGCUAAGAAGACGCCUGGCAUCUCUGGACCCUCAGAUGGAGCAGGAGAUUGAGGAGAUCCACCAGCGCUACCAGGCCAAACGCCAGCCCAUUCUUGAUGCCAUUGAGGCUAAAAAGCGACGCCAGCAGAACUUCUGAACCAGCUGAAGAAACUAUUGAUGAUCCCUCAGCAAUGUUUUACAGUCAGUUACCUAUAAAGGUACCUGUGCCAGUCCCAGCUACACUUUGGGUUUUGUUGUUUGUUUGUUUUUAUUUAAAAUUCUCUUUGCAUUUGUUGUUUUAUUAUUUUUAAAAUCUGUUGCUGUAUCUACACCACUGUUGGUACUUGAUUGGUGUUACUGUUGGCUCAAAAAGCAGGGAACAAUAUUUUGUCAUAUACUGUUUGACUUACUGCACUUUUUUAAGAUUUCUAUUACUUUGGCAUAAGUGUUGUGUAUAUUUUUUGUUUUUGUUUAUUUGUUUUUUGUUUAAAAUAGCUGUAAUUAGCACAGUUCACAAAAUCUAGUAGUCAUAAAACAAGCUAAUAAUUAGAUUGGAUAUUUUUAUUAAUAGGAUUUUCUAAAGAAGGCAACUAAGAAAGGUCUAUAGAGAUAUUUUUUUUAGCCAAUAUAAAAAGAAUACAAACCAUACAGCUUCUAGCUGAUACACAAAUGGUACAGGUUUAAAUGCAAGUCUUUUUAAACACCAUCUCUAUCACAUCUGCUGUACUGUCAAAUUUUAGCUCAGUAUAGGCACACCCAUGAAUGAUUGUACAAGGUCAAAAUCUAAACUGACAUGGUAAAACUGGAAGUGUGUGCUUUUAUUCAAGGGACCUAGAAGACCUAUAAUCUAGAGUUGAGGAUUGAACUGCUUUACUAUCCACAGCUCAAUGUUCCAGUUGGACACAUUCUCCAUGCAGCAGCAGAACAUGUUAACAGUGACUGGUCACAUAGGCAUAGAGACGGAGUUCUGUUUAGUAAGCAACACUUCAUGCUACUUUGCAAAGAUUUUAUAGUUCCCUUUUAACUAUUUGUAACACAGCCACAAAUUGCUUGCUAGCUGUGCUACUCAAAGCAUUUGGAAGGAUCUGCUGAGAGGCAAGUGAUGAGAGCAGUCACAACCACCUUGAUACUAUUACAUUCAAUUCCAUGGUAAAAUUUUUGAUAACCAGAUGUCCUUUAAAGCCCAAAAAGCUCAAUUUCUCCUGAUCAUGACUUUAGUUUAAGCAGCUGUAAUGUUUGAAAACACAUGUCAAUGAACAUAUUCUAUAUCUUGCACUCUGUAAGCUCCCUGCAAGGGCAUGAGAGGAAAACUUGAGUACCCCCUUCUAUUUUGGUCCUGUCUGUUAGGAUAUCAUAUUUGAUAUAAUAUACUAAUUUAAAAAAAAAAAAAAAAACUAAGAGCUGCAUACUUACAUUUUUCCUUUAAUGGUUAAUGUCAGAUCAGGCAUAGAUGAAGUUGAGGUGCUAAAAUUUGGAAUGUGGCUAAAAUAGCCAAUUUUAUAAUAUAGUUUAUUUUUAAACAUUGAAAGAUUUUGUAUGCUGUGAGGUCCUGGUAUUGUUGUAGCUGGAGUGUAACAUUUCCCUGCAAAUUUGACUCAGGUUUAAUUGUCUCAAGAUAUAUUUGUAUGGUAAUCCGUAGCUACUGUGAAAGACUUGUAUAUUUUAUAUAUACACACACACACACACACACACACACACACCCCUUAUUAUUUUUUGGAGUUUGUUACAAUCUGUAAUUAAAUGAUAAACCUUUACAGUAGUAAUGCAUGUUGCUUCUUCUUUUUUUCUUUUUUAAAUGCGCAAUGUGAAUACAGAACCAAUGUCAGUACACCUCAUCUGUCCUAACACUGGUAAUAAACAAGGAUUUUGUCCGUGCCUUAAGUUAUGCAAAUUCUAUUUGCAAGUGUUUAAAUUUGGAAUUGUCAAUUUGUUUUAUGUGUGAAUAAUAAACUGGAUUCAUUAUAA